AUGUUGAUAAGUGGUACUGUCGCUUCUCGUGUGCAAGGGAUGUGCAAAGCCAUGUGUCCAGAUUCUGAAAUUCGUUUCCGUUGUUCCAAUGGUAUGAUUCACCCUCUGGAAAAAUGCGAAAUUGGAAGAAGUAAUCGCAAGUUUGUAAAGGAAUAUGCUCGACCUGCUGCUGGACGUGAUCAUCUCCAUCCGGAAUGUCUUCGGCCUCCAGAUAUUCUCAUAGAAACCGUCAGAUAUUUAAUGGAAGUAUACGAAGAAGAGAAGAACAUACGUUUUGCUUGCGUCUAUGCGUUUAUGUGUGACCGUUUGAGAGCUGUUAGACAGGACAUGAUCCUUCAAGUUGUCUUGCCUGUGGAUACAGUUCGGAUUCUACAAGAAAUGAUACCAUUUUAUUUUGAAAGUGAUUAUUUAUGCAGGACGAAGGGGUGCAGUUCAUAUGACUGGAAAUUACACUUGACUUCACUGGAAGAAUGUCUUUCAAGAUGGAAAGAAGCCUUACCUUAUGUGUCGAAGGAGCUUAUUAGUCCAAGAGUAAUAUGCGGCUACAUUCUUCAUCAAAUUCCAGCCCAUUACGCGAUGAUCGAUAUAUACAAUUGGAAGGAACUUAUCCCUGAUUUCUUCUAUCUUCUACGCGAUAUUGUCGUCUCAUAUCAUUGCAAUAACUACGUCAGAUUUUUUCGCAAACUCCUUCAACUUCCCCUUGAUCACUGUGUUGUGGCAGCUGUUGAAGCUAUCCAAAGAUUAAGGCGCAAGACAUUGUCCACACUCUGUAUAGCCUAUAAAUCCACUCAAAUGAGGGUUCCUAUUUCUGCAAUGACUCAAUGGCUUUAUUAUCCUGAUACUUGUGAUCUCAUCGCUCUUCUUUCAUGUUGUUCCGUUGCUCAAGCAGAUUCUAUUCUGGUUUCUUCUAUAAAUCUGAACGCACUUGAGAGUGAAGAAUCUAAGAAGUUGCUUGCUAAAUUAUGA